AGGAGUGUACCCUCUUGGCAACUACAUAAUUUCUUGCCUAUAAAAAGAGGGCAACUAGGCCAUGUCUUUGGCAAGUGCAUAAUUUCAAAAUUAUACCAUAUUCUCCUAGAGUUGAGUAAAAAUGGCUAUCUCACCUAGCAAGCGCUUACUUCUUGUUGCUGUUCUGUUGCUUUUCUUCAUCACCAUGACAGCUAGAGCCAGAAGUUUGAGAGAGAGCAGGGAUGAAGCUAAGGGUCAAAGCAAUAAUUUGUUUAAGCCAAACCAUGAAGGGGCACAAGAUAGCAAUGGUGACUUGGAUACAAUGGACUACACGCCUGCAAAAAGGAAUCCACCAAUCCAUAAUUGAAGUCCCCAAUUUUUUUUUCUUCAGAAAUUUUUUGGUUAGAAAUAGCACCAAUUCACAGUGCUUAAUUACUUUGCAAUUCUAUCUAGGACCUUCAAUGUAUAGAUAUCGUUUGAAUCACCAAUUUGUGUUCAGAAAGCACCAGUCUAGCUGCUGCAUGAGAACUCACAUAUAAUUGUGUAAAUAGUUUUUGAAGUUAUGACUAUGAGAAAUGUGAAGGGAGCAUGCUGAGAGGAGUUUUAAUUUCAAAGUUCUAAGCAGAACCAUAUACUGAAUAUUGUUGUUCUGUAG